AUGUCGCCGACGUCUCCUCGGAAACAGCUGAUUGAUGAUUCACUACCCCUGGCAGUACAACUCACAAAGGAGCGACAGCUGCGGAUGCAAGCUGAACAGAAUUACGCUUUGCUUCAACAAGAAUCAGAAGAUCUCUCACAAUCGUUGUUUGAGGAAGCCAACAAGAUGGUUGCUGCUGAGCGAAAACUCAAUCAUCAGGUUACAGAGAAGCUCAAGAUGUUGGCGGAUAGGGAGGAGGAACGAACGGCGCGACUGAGGCAUCUGGAAGGUGCCAUGGAACGGAUCUUGCGCGUUCGAGGAGUUCUGGCUGCAUCG